AUGGCGGUCGGGGACGCGCUGCGACGGCUGUGCGAGGAGAUCGGGUGGUCCUACGCCGUCUUCUGGAAGGCCAUCGGCGCCGCCGACCCCGUGCAUUUGGUGCGGGAGGACGGCUACUGUGGCCACACGUCAUGCCCUGUCGGAUCUGAGCCUUCUGAAUCUCUGCCCAGCGACGCCGCCGGGUGCUCUGUUCCUGCUGCUGACACCAUCUGCUCGCUUGUUAACAACGUUAUGGCGUCGCAGGUUCAUGUCGUCGGACAAGGGACCGUAGGCCGUGCCGCGUUCAGUGGUAAUCACCAAUGGAUCGUCCACGGUACUGCCAAUGGUCACGGGCUCUCCUCCGAGGUUGCUGCUGAGAUGAACAAUCAGUUCAGGGUUGGCAUUCAGACUAUUGCGAUCAUUCCUGUGCUGCCACGGGGUGUCCUACAAUUAGGCUCUACUGGUUUGGUUAUGGAAAACACAAAUUUUGUGAUGUUUGCAAAGAAGUUGUGUUCUCAGCUAAACAACCGUUCAAGCAUGGCUGUAUCUGCUUCAUCUAAGAACGGUUCAAGUCAGCAUGGUCAGUCACGUCCUGAUACUGCAACUGUGUCAACUAGCACACCGCCACAUGCAUUGCUGAAUGCAUCUUUGCUUAAGGUUGUGCAACAGAAUGGUCACCCUGUUAGAGAGCACAUUGUCUAUGCUGAGCCUGAUCUUCGGUUUAUACAACAAGCAUCCUUCUGCGAGAGCCAAGUUGGAAGAAAUUUACGGAGUGUUGGAAUGAACUCAAGUUUGACCUCCCCAAGCUUGACAUCAGUUAAAAAUCAGUCACUCUUGAUGAACAACAUUGGGCAGUUACAGUUGAAUAAUAAUGCACACUCAUCAGCAGAUUUGGCAAUGGCAAGAGAUAUCAUAUUAAAAUCCCUUGUGCGCCAGGACUCUUCUGUCUGUGAAAAUACAAACAUGAAUAUGCAUCAUGGAAGAUAUGUGGUAUCCAAUGAUUUAAAUGGUCCUGGGAAUUUUGAUUUUCUCCCUGUAGGUGCCAGAGCAAGCAGAGCCAACUUAUCUACCAGUGUAUCGAGUCAAAUAUUGGACCACACAUCAGGAACAUUGCAGCAGAAACAGUCUCUAGUUCCGUUCAAGGUUCCCCAAUCUUCUGAAUUGGCUAAGAAAAUGGAGAACCCUGAAAGUAGGCCAUUUCAAACUCCUUCAGUUCGAACUUCUGAAUCUGAUGGUCAGGUUUCUAACAGUUUCAACAUGGACCAAGAGAAUCUAUUGAGUAGGUCAAACAAUGUCCGACAAGACCAAAAGAUUAAUAGAUUUAGUGAUCCAAGUGCUAAUGUCAGCACGCAGAGAAUGAAGAACAGGGAUGGAUGUGAGGCAGGAAUGCCCAUUGAGAGAGCUUCCUCGUUGCUCGUGGAGCCUGCUGCAGAUAAUGACUUGUUUGAUAUGUUUGGUUCUGAAUUUCAUCAGUUCUCCCACAAUGUUGGUGCUGAUUUGGUCACCUGGAGUGGUACAGAGUCUCAGAAUUCAGAUAGAGAUGUCCCUGAAUCAUCAAUAUAUCGCAAUAGCUCACCCCAUUUCAGUUCACUUGACAAUGAGCUUCACUAUUCUGGUAUCUUAUCACUAACUGAUACUGAUCAGCUAUUGGAUGCUGUCAUCUCAAAUGUCAAUCCAAGUGGUAAACAGUGUACUGAUGAUAGUGCUUCUUGCAAGACUGCAUUGACGGAUGUUCCUAGCACAUCUCAUCUUGGUUCAGCAGACUUGAAGAAAUCUUCUAAUAGCAAAGGUCUUGAUACGCCAAGCAAGGCAAAUCGCAAGAGAUCUCGACAAGGAGAAAGUCCUAAGCCACGACCUAAGGACCGGCAACUGAUACAGGACCGUAUUAAAGAGCUGCGUGAGCUUGUACCGAAUGGAGCAAAGUGUAGCAUUGAUGGUUUGUUGGAGAAGACAGUUAAGCACAUGCUUUUCUUACAAAGUGUGACGAAGAAUGCAGACAAGCUCAAGGACUCUACUGAGUCUAAGAUACUUGGUAGUGAAAAUGGCCCCCUUUGGAAAGACUACUUCGAAGGUGGAGCAACCUGGGCUUUCGAUGUCGGCUCUCAGUCUAUGACAUGUCCAAUCAUUGUUGAGGAUCUUGACCGACCUCGUCAGAUGCUUGUGGAGAUGCUUUGCGAGGAUAGAGGAAUCUUCUUGGAGAUAGCUGAUUUCAUCAAAGGACUUGGAUUGACUAUCUUGAGGGGUGUGAUGGAAAUGCGCAAAAGUAAAAUCUGGGCACGAUUUACUGUUGAGGCAAACCGGGACGUAACCAGAAUGGAAAUCUUUCUGUCACUUGUGCGCUUAUUGGAGCCAAAUUGUGACGGCAGUGGAGUGGCAGAGAACGCUAACAACAUGAACAUGCCUCUUGGUUUGGUGUGCCAACCUGUCAUCCCAGCAACAGGCCGCAUCCAAUGA